AUGGACUCAGCAGACUACAAAAUAAACCCACUAAACCGAAUAAUUGGUCUUUCAGUUAUAUUAUCCGUUGGAUUCUUAUUGGUCAUAUUAGCAGGGAUAUAUGGGAACUGGUUUCCCAUAGUAAUUGGACUUAUAUUUUCAGUGGCAUACCUUCCGGUGGCAAUCACAAGGAGACUCAAUAGCUUCGAUCCAUUUAGUGCACCCAGUACUAAUGUAUUGGCAGAACUGGGUCAAUUCUUGACGGCAUUUUUGCUAGUUAGUGGACUAUAUUUGCCGAUUGUUUUACACCAUUCCUACAUUUUAACCACUACGGCCGCCGCAUUGACCAUAAUCGGUGGGGUAUUAAUUUUCGGAACAGUAUAUACGUUUAGUCAUUACUUUGAUGAACCAGAAGACGACGAUGGGUUGGGAAAUUUAUGA